AUGUCACUGGCAAGAUAUUUUUACUGGCAUUUUGUUGCCAUCAGCUUGUUGGUGGCAACAGCUGUAUGCGACAUUUCCAGCAAUUCUUUCCGCGAAAGGUGUUUGGCUCUCAAGCCCGCGAGACUCAUACACAACUCGACUCUGACGCGCCAAGAAUUUGUCUCGGCUGGUACGACAUUGGAUUUAUCCGAUAACGUCCCAUCAUGCAACCGUCGGUCCCAGCUUGUCACAGUCGACCUUUGCCGCAUCGCUCUCCAGAUCCCUACCUCCAAACGAUCUAGCAUCAGUUUCGAACUGUGGUUGCCACAAAAAUGGGAGGGUAGUCGAUAUCUGGCAACCGGCAAUGGGGGUGUUGAUGGAUGUAUCAAGUAUGAAGAUCUUGGAUAUGGUACAUCAAAUGGCUUUGCGACAAUGGGUACCAACAAUGGUCACAAUGGCACCACAGCUAUCACCAUGUUGAACAAUCCCGACGUUAUCAAAGACUUUUCUUACAGAUCCCUUCACACGGGCACUGAAUCGGCCAAGAAGAUCAUCAAGUCCUUCUAUGGUAAGAAGUCUGCGAAAAACUACUACAUUGGCUGUUCCCUGGGUGGUCGCAUGGGAGUCAAAGCCGCAGAGGCAUACCCCGAGGACUACGAUGGCAUCGUGGCUGGAGCCCCAGCCGUUGACUUUAAUAAUCUUCAAGGGCAAAGAGCCAUGUUUUAUCCCAUCACAGGAAACUCAACGUCGGCCAACUACAUUCCUCUCACCGCCUGGACUGGCCUUAUCCAUGAUGAAGUCCUGGCACAAUGCGACAAGAUUGACGGUGUCAAAGACGGCAUCAUCGAAGUUCCAGACAAGUGCUUCUUCAACCCCAAGAAGCUACUCUGCAAAGGCUCCCAGACCAGCAAAUGUCUCAACCAGGCCCAGGUGAAGCAACUGGAAAAGAUCUACGCUCCCUAUACCUAUCCCAACGGCAAGCUUAUCUUCCCACGCAUGAACCCUGGCAACGAGCUUCAGGCAGUUUCAAAGCUCCUCGCAGGCAAGCCCUUUGACUACUCGGUGGAUUGGUUCCGCUACGUCGUGUACAACGACCCGGAGUGGGAUGCCAAUACAUACAGCGUUGACAAUGUUCGAGCGGCUGAGAAGCUAAACCCUUCUGACAUCCGCACCUAUCCAAAGUCACUUCCGGCUUUCAAGAAGCGCGGCGGUAAACUGCUUAGCUACCACGGAGGUCAGGACAACCAGAUCACGCAGUUCAACACACAUCGCUUCUGGAAUCGCAUGGCAUCCGCUGACCGCAAUCUGCAAGAUUACUACCGUUACUUUCCCAUUUCAGGCAUGUUCCACUGCAGUACAGGUCCUGGUGCCUGGGCUAUAGGACAGGGGGGUGGUGCUCCUUCUGCGGGAGUGCCGUUUGAUCCCGAGCAUAACGUGCUGGCGGCCAUUGUGGCAUGGGUCGAGAAGGGAAAUGCACCUCAAAGUCUAACGGGUACCAAGUUUAUCAAUGACAUCUAUACUGAGGGUGUUGACUUUCGUCGCAAGCAUUGUCUGUAUCCCAAGACGCAGACAUAUAUUGGUGGGGAUCCUAAAAAGGUUACCAGCUGGCGAUGCAAAUAA